AUGGGAUCCAACGUUGAGCUGGUAUGGCCAGAGUCAGAGGCAUAUUCCUCACGGGUGAACAACUGCUCACAUGCAAAUUCAUCCCUAGCUGUAAUUCGAGCGAAGUUGAGUGCCGAACAAUUAGAACAAUUCAAGACAUCAUGCUUUGGCCAUCUUCUGAAUAUAGAUAAGAUUCAGUUUAGCGGGCAGAUUGUGCAUGGGGUUGUGUUGCGUAGAGUAGCGGGGCAGGGUGUGAAAGACUUGGAUGGACUGAGUUUCUUAAUAGGGUGCGACGUUGCUCAGUUCACUCGUCAGGAUUUCUGUUUGAUCUCAGGGCUUCGUUUUGGGGAAGUUCCUGAAGUUUCCAGUGGAGAAAGUGAUGAAAUUAGACUUCAGAAAAGAUAUUUUAUAGACGAAGGAAUUACAUGUAAUGCUUUAGAAGAAGCAUUUGUGAGGUGCACAGAGGAAGAUGACGUCUACAAGCUAGCUCUUGUUUACUUUGCUGAGUUAGUGGUUUUGGGAAGGGACAAACAUUUGAACAUCAAUCUAAAUUACCUGACCCUUGUAGAGGAUUUGGAUGCAUUCAACAGGUUUCUAUAG